AUGUCUAUUGCGCUGAAAUUAUCGUUUAUUAUACUGUUAACUACAAUAGAUAGAAUUCAUCGAGCUAAUAGUAUCAAUGUAACGUUUACUCCACAGGCAAUUCACAUUACAGUAGCAAGUUUACCUCAACCAUAUGGAACGGUAUCAGUCAACAAAGGAGCACGAGUUAUUACCGUACCUGAUGAUCCCGUUCUUUAUGUCCCGCAAGGCUUCUCGGUGCAAUUAUAUAUGACUGGCUUGAUAACACCACGCUAUCUAAUAUAUACACCAUCUAAUGAUAUACUUGUCAGUGAAUCAAAUGCUAAUCGAAUCUCUUGUCUAAUCGAUACUAAUCAAGAUGGUUACCCUGAUCAGCGUGUUACAUUUGCUGAUUCAUCCAAUGGAUUAAAUUAUCCGUUUGGUAUGGCUUUUGUCAAUGGUUAUUUCUACGUUGCAGAUAGGAACACUAUUCGACGAUAUCCGUGGACAUCAGGUAGUCGAAAUAUUACAGGAACAGGCGAAAUAGUGAUGACUUAUCCUGGUACGGGACACUCAACUCGAACCAUUGUUGUGUCACCGAAUGGUAAUCGAAUGUUUGUUAGUGUGGGUUCAGAGAAAAAUGCCGAUGUUGAAGAACUACCACGGGCAUCCAUUCAACAAGCAAAUCUUAACGGUAGUAAUCAGACGACAUUUGCAUCUGGUCUACGAAAUACCGUCGGUGUAGCGUUUCAUCCGAUUACCAAUGAUUUGUAUGCAACAUGUCAAGAACGAGAUGAACUUGGUGACGAUCUCGUACCGGAUUAUUUUACACGUGUUCAACAAAAUGAAUUUUACGGAUGGCCCUAUGCUUAUCUGAGUGCGAACUUAACCGAUCCAAGGCUAGUUUUCAGCAACGGAACAACUGAACGACCUGAACUAGUUGCACAAACUCGGACGCCAGAUGUUCUCCUACAAGCUCAUUCAGCUGUUCUUGACAUGCGCUUUUACGUAGGCACACAAUUUCCUAGUCGAUAUCAAAAUGGUGCAUUUGCAGCAUUGCAUGGUUCAUGGAACAGAAAUAAUGGUACAGGUUAUAAGAUCGUAUUUAUUCCAUUUGAUAGCAGUACGAAUCGACCAGUUGGUACCUAUGAAGAUUUCGUCUACGGAUUCCUUACUAAUCCAACAGGCCCAGAUACAUUUGGACGCCCAGUAGGCAUACUCGUUAUGAAAGAUGGAAGUUUACUGUUUAGCGAAGACGGAAAUAGUCGUCUUUACCGUGUGCAAUACAAUUCCAAUCCGAAUUCGAACAAUACUAUGACCGGCACAGCUGCAACUAAUAACAUAUUCAAAGAUACGUGUAUCAUCAUUUUAUUAACGUUGCUUUUCUGUAUUUAA